AGAAGAAUUCAUCUAAGCGUAUUAAACAAGUCAAAGCAUCCUCUGUGUGUUGCUGUAACAAGUAUUGCUGGCUCACUGUACGCAAGCAAUGCAUCCAGCAUUGAGACCAUAUUGCCUGUUGUCGACAGACUACGGCAGCUGCAUCAAGAUAACCCACAUAUUGCUGGCAUCUGCCUGGCCCUGGGACUUUUGACUUUCUCACUGCAUAAACAAGGUUUGAAGUCAGUGUCCCAACUGAGACAAGAGCUUGUCAAGCAGUGGCUUCAAGAUGUUAUCAAUCAGGAUGUUUCCCAGGUAGAGCGGGUUGCCAAGUUGACUGGUCUGUUGUCAAUGGUGGGAUCAGAACAAACCUUGAUUCCUAUUCAGGGAAGUUCUGUGAUGACAGGAAGUGACUUGAAUGUGUCAGAAGUCAUCACUACAGUCAUGAAAAUCGUGGUUGACACUAACGACCUGGGUCUGCAAAGCAUCGGUGCCUGGCUGCUAGGCCAUCUGUAUUUGUCUGCUUGUGCUGUUGCAGAAAACAGGUCUGCUGUUCCAGCCAACUAUUCCCACUUGCCUGAGUCUAGCAUCCUGAGAGCUGUCAUAGAUUUUCUGCUAGAGGCUGGGAGACUCGGCCCAGAAUCAGUAGAUCCUAGAAGUGUUGUUGCUGCUCUGGAGUCACUGAAGCUCAAGGCAGUACUACCUCCUCUUAAUUGGACUGCACUUCUGUCUCCAUUUAUGAGAGUCAAUUUUGGGGAGAAAGUAAAGGCUUUAAGUCUUCAGAUUGCAGCCUCCCAGAUGGCAUCAUCACCAAGUGCUACCAUGUUUAUGUCGUCUUGGUUAACUCCCCCACUUUUCACUUCUUUGCAGAGAGACACCCAAGUGGUGCUACACCAGAGCAUGCCAGAUAUCAUCAGGACUACAACACCUUCUGUUGUAAAGUCAUACCUGGAGCACAGUUGUCUGCCAGCCUUCACCCAGGGAAGGGAUACUACUGUGCAGCUGUCUAUUCUACAAGGUCUGUGUGCUGCCUUGGCUGUUGAUGACCCACCAGCUGGAGUAACUCUGUUGCUGUUGGAGAUAACCAAGCAGUUGUAUCAUGUGUUAACUGAUGACUUCAAUGUUCCCCUCCUUCACUCAAUGGCUGAAUGUCUGGCACAAGUUCCUGAUGAUGUCAUGGAUUCUAUCAUUGUAGCAGAUUUUGCGGAUGCUUCAACACAAGUCAAAGGGUCAUUUGUGCGCUGCCACCUGGUAGCAACUGGGAGACAACCACUAUCACUACUCAACUACAUGAUAGAUGCGUCCUUCAACACAGAUUAUUGGAAACAUGAUAUUAGCAUGUGGCUCCUGGCCCACUGUCUGGCAAGUUUUUCCAAGGCUGAGGGGGAACAAUCUGAACUUCAGGUGCGCCAGCAGUGGCUCCUGGAGCUACUGGGACACACACACAGUCUGGUUACUGGAGCCAUGCCUUUGGCACCAACUGCUGCAGCUAAAACUAAGAUAAUCAGUUAUGCCAUCAAUGUGGUCACAUGUGCCAUUUUGACCCUCACCUUCCCUGCCAAUGCUGAGCUUGACUUCUGGGGACUCCAUUCUCAUGUGUUUGUGAGCAGACCAGACAGUCCUCUUGAUACAAGCUAUCUAGCGGUGCCCAGUCUGCAGAUGCUGUACGCAGACAUGGCCAAGUACCUUCCUGUAGCAGUGGACAUCCUUUUCAGAAAGCCAUGGGAUGUUGUCUUACCAAAGAUAUUUAACUGGCUGAUGACAUUGCUGGAGCAGAGUGAAGUUAGUCCCAUAGACACACGCAUUUCAUAUGCCGCUUUGAUGGCUCUGAGACAUGGGCAAGAAAUGAGGCAGGCUUCAACGUGGACAAAAGCUGCAAUACUUUUUGAAUAUUAA